UUUCAACUCACACUUACAUUUGCACACACAUUGUCGCGUUUACUCUAUGAACAACAGAAAGCCACCAUUUACGGGGUCCAGGUCUCCCUUCAAGCGCUUCAAACGCCGUCAAAGACCACACGCCAUACCGGCAUCGCAGCGCGCAACACAGUCACGUUUGCUAUUAACACCUCCCGCAGUGCUACCCGUGUCCCAGCACAGGAUCUCAGCAGGACCAAUGCGCAUAAUUGUUGAUUCGUAUGCUGGCCAUGCAGCUGAUAUUAAUAUGACUGCACAUAAACGCAAGCGGGUGAGCAAUGGCGCGUCGCAGGACGACGAGCUGAGCGUUAUAGCAGCGCACGGAGCCAAGCUUAAGGCCGAUCGCAUUCGCAUGUACCUGAGUGACAGCGACAACAACAAUAGAAAGGAGGAAGAGGACAGAGAGCCCGAUUCCAAGCGUGCGCGGGGCCUGCAACGGAGCAAAUCGGACGUGUAUGUCGAUAUUCAUAGGCGGGACACAAAGUCAAGAAUAGCGUCCCCGCAGCUGUCGACGAGGAAUAGCAGCAGCAAAUACACAGUUACUGAUACACAGACAGCGAUGAGCUCAGGCUCGGAUUUGGAUUCAGAAUCAAACUCUGACUCGGGCACAAGUUCAGGUUCAGACUCGAGCUCCGAAGCAGACCAUUCCAGCGAAGACCGGGGAAAUCAGAACCAAGCUCCUGGACGACAGCAUAAUACUCGACUGGCUGACACUACUCCUGAGCCUAGCACUAUUGAAACAGAUCAGGGAGACAGUGACUCGGGCAUAGGUGCUCCUGAGAUCACUGAUGACAAUACUGACAAUGGUGAUGCUGCCACGGAUGAUGACAACCAGUCUGAUUGCGAAGAGGCCCAGACUACUUACCUGCAGCCAGCAUCCAAAGAGACUGUCAGCGGCAGCAGUAGCGAAUCUGCAGAUAACACUGAGCAGUCAGCAGCCACAUCGCGCCUACGACAGCGCCGCCAAAUCAACUACGCAGUCGAUCUUUCGUUUAACGACUUGGACGGAUUUUUCGAAAACCCCGCUGAUCAGGACAAAAUUGACACCAGAAGCCGACCAAGGCGGGGCCACAAUCUUAGAGGUCAACCAGCCGACAGAAAUGGCGAGAGCUUGGUGGGUGCAGAGGACGAUGUUGCCAGCGAAGGCGAGGCCAGCAGUGUUGCUAAUGGCGUUGGCACCUCUGACAACAGUGAUUCCGAGUGCGCCAACGAAGACAAGGUAUCGCAAGUCGUGAAAAGCCAGUCACGCAGAGGAGGAAAAAAUGCAGGGGCUCUCUCCCCAUGUAGGCAGUUUCGCAGCACGACCGGCAGUGUGUCGUCUAACAUCUCGCCUGAGAGUGUCGGCCGUGACGAUAUUACACCCAAACUUACGGCACGCAAGAAGCCAAGGUUAAAAAAAGGUGAAACUCACGAGACACCCAUAUCCGAAGCGUCGGGGACGCGAUACACGCUGCGCAACCGGAAUCGGCGCGUAUCGUAUCGUAUCCCGUCGCCACUGUUGGAGUCGCCAUCGCAGAUUAGGACGUCUCUGCGCAAGCAGAACGAUGUCGAUCGGUUGGUCGAUGAACACCUGCCGCAGUCAGGCCCUGAGGACAAUGUCUGGGCGGCAGUCUCAAAGGGGUGUGGUCCAUUGAGCGAUCCCAACUUGGGCCCGAGGGGUGAGAACCAGGCUGCGGGCAACGACGAGCUGGAGAUGAUCCUGCCCAUGAAUAUGGUGGAGCUCGGUGCAGAGCGCUGUCGCAAGGCUGGCUACGUCAACGAUGCGAUGUUCGCUGACAGCAGCAGCUGUCCCCUCACGACUGAGGUGUCGUUCAAUGAUGUGGGUGGCCUGGACGAUUAUGUCCGGUCGCUGAAGGAAAUGGUUGUUUUGCCCCUAGUAUACCCAGAGAUAUCUCUGUCUUUUGGCAUCAAGCCGCCGCGCGGCGUGCUUUUCCAUGGUCCGCCAGGCACAGGAAAGACGCUUAUGGCGCGGGCGCUGGCGCAAAGCUGCUCGAUGCAGAAAGGCGGUCAGCCCAUUGCGUUUUUUAUGCGGCGCGGAGCCGACUGCCUAUCCAAAUGGGUCGGUGAGGCCGAGCGUCAGCUGCGGCAUCUGUUUGAGCAGGCCAAGGCAUUCCAGCCGUCAAUCAUAUUCUUUGACGAGCUCGAUGGUCUGGCGCCAGUGCGCAGCUCGCGGCAGGACCAGGUACAUGCGUCAAUUGUAGCAACCCUGCUGGCGCUGAUGGACGGCAUCGACGACCGCGGCCAGGUAAUAGUAAUUGGCGCGACAAACAGGCCGGACUCGAUUGACCCAGCGCUGCGGCGACCUGGGCGGUUUGAUCGCGAGAUGCUCUUCCGCCUGCCGGGGACUGAUGCGCGGCGCAGUAUCGUUCGCAUCCACACGCGCAAGUGGCUGACGCCUCUGUCGGAAGCCGACGAGUCUGAUAUUGUAGAGCACACGCAGGGCUGGGGAGGCGCCGAUAUUGGCGCGCUGUGCACGGAGGCUGUGCUCGCGGCAGUGCGGCGAAGCUUUCCGCAGAUAUACGACAGUCCUGAGCGCCUGAACAUCGACACGCGCUACAUCAAGGUCGGCGCGGCUGAUUUGCGGCAUGCAAUGCGCGCGAUAACGCCGUCAACAAAGCGCAGCGGAAGCUCUGGGAUUUCGGCGUUGUCGAGAGCCCUAGAGCCGCUGAUGUCGGAUACGUGCGAGGGGGCGGCUGCGUACCUGCGCUCAGCACUGACAAGUACUGCGGCCGUGUUCAGGCCCCGGGUUGCCGUGUACGGUCGUGCUGGCAUGGGUGUAGGGAGCCUGGGCGCAGCAGUCGCAUAUGCAAUGGAGGCGUGCGAGAUACCGGUGUUUGUUUUGAGCGCUGUGGCCAUGUUCCGCGAUGCCGAUGCGACGCCGGCAACUCAAAUUGCACGGCUGUUUGCUGAGGCGCAGCGCAAGCAGCCCAGCCUUGUGUUUAUCCCGAUGGCCCAUCGUCUGACUGAUGUCCUUGACGAGAACACGAUUGCGCUGCUGGACCAGUGCAUUGACGACUUGUCCAUGUCUGACCGUAUUGGAGUCCUGGUAUCGGCAGAGGCGCCCAGAGACUGCCAGCCGCCGCGUUCAAACGCCGACGAUGACUGCGAGCUCGUGUGGCAGCAAGCGAUGCCAGAGUUUGCGCGGCAAUGGUUUGCUGAGAUCGUGUCGCCGGACAGUCGCGUGUGUGCCACAAUGCCGACUGCUGAGCAGCGCGAUGCAUUUUUUGCGCCGCUGCUUGGCCUGAUCGGCAGCUCUGACAUGGUUGAGCCGGUCAUUGAGCCGCUGGAUGUUGCUCCCAUUGUUAGUUCCUUGGCGUUGGAGCAGCAACUCAGCCCCGAGGAAAACAGCGUUUUGAACAGACUGCAGCAUGGGAUGACUGCGGUUCUUCAACUGGCCCGCACCAAGCCGGUGUUUAAGAACAUGCUGACGCCGGUCUCUGCCGACAUACAUCCUCUGUUCUAUUCUGCUUUCGCGAACCCAGUGUUUUUGUCGACGAUCGAAGACAGGAUUGCCGCGCGCAAGUACUUGACAGUGGCCGAAUUUAUCGAUGACUUCAAAAUGAUCGGCAAAAACACGCUGACAUACUUUGAGCAGACGUCGAUAGACAUUACCAGCAACUCCCCGGAACCGAUCACAGACCAUUUGGAAAGAGAUCAGGUCUACAGUGAGCUGUACGCGAGCCUGAAGAUAAUAGGCAAAGUAUCCAAAAAUAUGGUUGUCAAGUGCAUCGACCUCGAAACGAUUGAGGAUAGCAACGCAAUUGCCGAGCGUAGGAACCAAGGCACCGGCCUGUUGGGCGCGAUGCACGGUGGCAGACCCUCGGUCAAUGGCGCGACCCUGAGCUCGUCUGUCCUGAGGGGCGGCGUCUCGAUCGGCCUGCCCUCGCCCCCGCUUCUGCAUCCCUCCUUGGAUGGUGCCAGCCGGACAUCAUCCUUUGACAGCGCCUCUCGCAAUGACGAUUUACUGCCCGCUCAGGCCUAUUUGACUGCGACGGUGGCAGAUGACGCUGAUGGUGUGGAUGCAGGCAGCAGCGGCAAGUACAGAAAAAUUCUCGAGGACGAGCUAAAGACUGCGGCCAGCCGCCUGACAAUAGAGUCGCUGGAGUCCUUGCGUGUGCGGUUAGUAGCUGAGGCCAGCAACACAGUAGAGGCACUACUAAAGCCCGACAGGGCGUUCAAGGCCGUAGUCAAUGCACUGAGGCUGUGGCAGGGCGAACGCGAGCGUCAACAAAGGAAACGGUAGUAGUAGUGAUGGCUUGUUCGACUUUUUUGUGUUCAGAUCUACUAUAAUUAUUCAUUUCUCUCUCGGCCCUUUAUUGCCCUUCAUUGUUUUACAUGUAUAUAUAUUCUCCAGAAGAAAGGGUAUUUGGUCGUCAAAAUUGUCCGGCUGAAAAUUCCAAGACUUGCUGCUUUUCGCGAGUCUUUGUUGUCUUUUUUUGUGAG